AUGAGUUACGAAUAUCAUGGCCAAAGGUCUAGAUCGAGAUCGCCGGGAGCCCGGCGUUCAUCGGUGAAUGAUUAUAGUGGCAGAGCGAGCUCUGACGCACCUCGUCCAAGCAGGUACAACAACGGCAGCGCUGGUAUCGAUAACUAUGCAAGCGAUUAUCCACGAGGCCGUGGUAGAGCGCCUCGUGGGUUUCGCGGGGGAUACAGAGGCAGCCGUGGCGGCUAUGGCGACUUUCCUCCACGCAGAAGAGGCAGAAGGGACUUCAGAGAAAACGACUCUUUCAGGUCAGGCGAGCCAGAUUCCGCUUAUGAUGAAAAGUACACCAGAAACUACGCCAACUGUGCGUUCGUGGGUAACCUAACUUACGACUGCCAAGCAUCCGAUCUCAAAGACUUAUUCAGCGAGGUUGGCCAUGUGGUGCGUUCCGAUAUAAUAACUGCGCGCGGCCACCACAGAGGCAUGGGUACGGUCGAGUUCACAAAUCCUGACGACGUUGGCGAGGCCAUGCGCAAAUUUAACGGCUUCUCGUUUCUGGGUAGAGACAUAUUUGUUCGUGAAGACAAUCCACCACCAGAAAGCGGGAGAAGAGAUGAGAGGCGAAGCGCUCAGCAAUCGUUGGCCGAUAGAUUUCAUCCGGGCUAUGAAGUUUUCAUUGCCAACCUGCCGUUUUCCAUUAGCUGGCAAUCUCUCAAAGAUCUUUUCAAGGAAUGCGGCGUUCCGACGAGGGCAGAUGUCAAGCUAGACCGUAACGGAAGGUCUAGAGGAUUUGGCACAGUCAUUUACGAAACUCAGGAGGAGGCACAAGCGGCUUUGGAUAGAUUUUCUGGUUUCGAGCUAGAAGGCCGAAUUCUGGAGCUCAAGCGAGGGCACGGUCCAUGGAAAGACGACAUCGCAGACAUCCAAGACGAGCAUCAGGAACCGUUGCAAGAAGCUGGGCCUGUGAACUCCGAAUUGACCGAAAAUGCCGUAGGAGAUGGAGAAAAGUCAAAUACAUUGUACGUGGACAAUUUACCUUACGCUACAGCUAAAAGCGACUUGUUUGAUCUCUUUGAGAUCAUAGGUCCCGUGAAUAGGGCAGAGCUAAGGCUAGACUCGACAGGCGAGCCAACUGGUGUUGCAGUAGUGGAAUACGAAGAUAUCGAGAAUGCUGAAACUUGCAUCAGCAGACUAGACAAAUAUUCUUACGGCGGUAGAGAACUCUCAAUUUCCUACGUGAGAUAUCAUUGA